AUGCCGGCCCAAUCAACCAACCUGAUACUCGCCCUCUUCACACUUUUGGCCAUCGUAUCUCAAACAUCUCAACGCUCCCAUCCGCCAGUGGGCUAUGAGACUGAAGAUUUCUACGUAUUUACCUCUUUUAAGCCUGCUCGAUUGGCUUGCCGCAAGAGAGUACUCAACUUAAUUGUGUCAAAUCAAAAUGCUAUGUGCCAAGUAAGAGAAUUUCUUAUAAAUUAUCCCUUCGAUGGGAAAGGUCCAACCAAGCAAGACUGCUCACAAUAUGCUUAUCUCCCUUCAUCCAAAGCCUUUGGAUGCGAAAAUCAAGACUCAUACACAUGCAAUGAAAACCCAGAUGGGAUCGCAUACAUAGAAUGCCCAUACACCGCUUGUCAUUCGGAAUGA